AUGGCAGGAUCAUGUUUGGAGCCUCCUACCACAGGCCUUUCAGAGAAAGACCAUGCAAAGGCCAAACUUGCUGGUGACCAACGGCCCUUUAUCGGUCUCUACGGCGUCUCGGGUUGUGGGAAGACGACGUUGUUGUACCAGUUGAAAGAGAAUCUGGGGGAGCAUGCAUUCGCCUUUCACGAUGGGUCAAAGGCCAUCAAAGACGUUUUUAGUGACAACUUUGAGACUUUCGAUGCCCAGACUGAGAAAAACAAAGUCUUCUUCCGUGAGAAAGCCAUCGGUAAAGUGGAAGGGAAGUGCACACCCACAAAUCAAAUUGCCGUUGUUGCUGGGCACUACGCCCUUUGGUCUAAGAAAGAAGAGGCCCCAGUUCCAAUUUACACCAACAAAGACCUCGCUACAUACACGCAUAUCCUCUACCUCGAUGUUCCUGCAAAUGAAGUUGCGGAGCGUCGCCGAAAGGAUAGUAAGAAAACCCGUGAGAACUUGACAGAGAAGCAACUCGAAGACUGGCAAGAGUUUGAGAAGAAAGCCAUGCGUCAUCUUUGCCGCAAUCAUGGUAUCUUAUUCACAACCAUCCCUUCGGCUCCCGAACCAAUUUUGAACAUCAAAAAAUUGCUCAUCCACUUCCGCGACCAAGACAAAACGCGGAAUGAAUUGAAUGUUCAAAAGGCGGUCGACGGCACAUGUUUUCAGAAGGAUCCUCACCCAAAGAUCAUGCUCGUUAUGGAUGCCGACAAGACUAUGACUGCCCAAGACACGGGGAAAAUGUUCUGGAAAGCGGUCUCAGAAUCCUCGAACUUGGUCGGCGAGAGCAACGCUUUGACUACGCUCUUCAGCAGUCUAUUGGAGUACUCAUAUAUAGCCUUUUGCCAAGCAUUGUUGCUCUACGAAGAGACAGCGAAUGACGAGGAAUACGAAAAUAUCUGUGAAGAGGUCGCCAAGAAGGUGACCAUGUACCCAGACUUUGUCAAGCUAUUGAAAUCCGUGGAGGACAAUCCCGCCGUUGGCGCAAUGAUCGUCACCAGUGGUCUCCUUCGUGUUUGGCAAUUGGUCCUCAAAGCCCACGGCGUUCAUGACGGAGUCAAAGUCAUCGGUGGAGGUCGACUUGCUGAUACAUUGAUCAUCACCCCUAAGAUCAAGGGUAAACUAACCACAUAUCUUCGAGAGCAUCAUUCGAUCUGUGUCUGGGCUUUUGGGGACAGUCCAGUAGACAUCAAAAUGCUAAAGAAAGCACACCAGGCUGUCAUAGUUGUUGGUGACAAGCAUUCUAGGAGCGCAAGUAUGGACGGAAAGCUCUCUGAGGCCUACGACCUUGGUCUUCGCGCAUGGCAGGUCUUGCUGCCGAAAGAUGCUCCUCCACGACUGGAUACGAACAAGCUUCCUCUUAUCAAUCUUAUUGGCACAGACUCCGUCGCGUCUAUCAUGGAAGCUCAGAAAACAGAGACUGGAAGAUUUCUAAAAAUCAUUCUUGCCGACAAAGAAAAGUUGGGUGCCUCACAAUUGCUAGCAUCAGCUAUGCGUGACUCAACAAUCGCUGGCAACAAUCUUAGGGAAGCGCAUCGUCGCGCUGGAUUCUACUUAGCGGUUGAACAUCUCACCACUGAAAUUGGCAUGGAGGAGCGUACGAUCAAGCACGUUCAGGGCAACGAAGUCAAAGGCUGUCAAUUGCUUCACGAGGAACGCACAACAAUCGUAGCCAUGAUGAGGGGAGGUGAACCCAUGGCUUUUGGUGUCAGUGAUGCUUUCCCUCUCGCCAUGUUCGUCCACGCCAAAGCCCCCGACGAUCUGAAGCUCCAUCACUUGAGGGGCCAAUCCACAGUCAUCCUCGUAGACUCUGUUGUCCACUCCGGCAGGUCAGUCAAAGAGUUUGUCGAACAUGUCCGCACGCUUCACGCUACCAUCCGUGUCUUCAUCGUGGCUGGUACUGUCCAAGCCAAAUGCAUCAAGGACGGCACACUUAAUAAAGACAUUGGAAAGUAUGCAGAUGUCAACUUGGUUGCACUACGGACCUCUGAUACCAGCUUUGUCGGUACCCGCACUAUUGACACUGGGAAUCGCCUUUUCAACACGACGCGCUUGCCCUAG